AGAUUCAUCUCCCCAUUCCCUGUACACUCAUAUUUGUGUCUUCAUUUUAAUUUUUUAUUUAAUUAAAAUACAUUUAUUCCCCCCUCCCAACACUCAGAUUCACAUCCUCUUAUUAUUAGCAUUUUUAUGUUUGUGUGUGCAAAUAAAUGUAUAAAUGGAACCUGCAGCAGCCUGUGGAAUAUUUCUUGUAUGUGUAUAUUUAUAAGACUGACCAUUUGGUAUUGGGUAACCAUUUAGAGGGCCUGUCUUUAUUUUAUUAGUGAACAGUUUUUUCAAAUCUUUGAAAUUGUAAUUAAUUUCCUGUAUCCUUAUUAAUUUAGUUUUUAGAGAUCUGCCACAUCAAUUAAAUACAAUUGGAUGUGUUUUGGAGGAUUCAUCUAAUAUAGAACAUACUUACCUAGGCUUAAAAGACUUACCUAGGCUUAAAAGAAAAGCUGUCCAAUAAUUUCCUGAGGACUUCUGCAACCUGCCUUCAUAAUAAACGAAAGUUCAAAGCAGACACUGGGAGAGAUGUCAGAAGAUUCAGAGGAGGAAGACUACUCAGACAGAAGUAUCAGUGAUGAUGAUGAAUCAGAUGAGGACACAUUCAUGAAAUUUGUAAGUGAUGAUAUUCAUCGGUGUACACUACUAACAGCUGACUCUAUUGGUGACCCAUUCUUCCCUCGAACUACACAAAUUUUAUUGGAGUAUCAUCUAGGGAGAUGGGUGCCACGCCUUCGUGAACCACGGGAUUUAUAUGGUGUCUCUUCUUCUGGACCACUGAGCCCAACACGGUGGCCAUACCACUGUGAGGUCAUUGAUGAAAAAGUCCAGCAUAUUGAGUGGACUCCCUUUUUUCCUGAGCCAGUAUAUGUUCCAACAGGCCUCGAAAUAGAACCUGUUUACCCAAAUUCCAAGGAAGAUACUGUGGUUUAUCUAGCUGAAGAUGCUUACAAAGAGCCCUGUUUUGUGUAUUCCCGAGUUGGGGGUAACCGAACUCCCCUGAAACAGCCUGUGGAUAACUGUGACAACACUUUGGUGUUUGAAGCGAGGUUUGAGAGUGGUAAUCUACAGAAGGUAGUCAAAGUGGCAGAUUAUGAAUACCAGUUGACUGUGCGCCCAGACCUCUUCACAAAUAAGCAUACUCAGUGGUACUAUUUCCAGGUCACUAAUACCCAAGCAGAAACAGUCUACAGAUUCACUAUUGUUAACUUCACCAAGCCUGCUAGUCUUUACAAUCGGGGUAUGAGGCCACUGUUCUAUUCUGAAAAAGAAGCCAAGAUUCAUAACAUCGGCUGGCAGAGAAUAGGAGACCAAAUCAAGUAUUAUAAAAACAAUCUUGGGCAAGAUGGGCGCCAUUUUUUUUCUCUUACAUGGACAUUUCAGUUUCCACACAACAAGGACACUUGCUACUUUGCUCACUGCUAUCCAUACACUUACACCAACCUUCAAGAAUACCUUUCUGGCAUCAACAGUGACCCAGUAAGAUCAAAGUUUUGUAAAAUACGUGUCUUGUGCCACACACUUGCUAGGAAUAUGGUGUAUGUCUUGACAAUCACUACUCCCUUGAAGAACAGUGACUCAAGAAAGCGCAAGGCUGUGAUUUUGACUGCAAGGGUCCAUCCAGGAGAGACCAACAGCUCUUGGAUCAUGAAAGGCUUCCUAGAUUAUAUUUUAGGAGACUCGAGUGAUGCACGGUUGCUUCGGGACACUUUCGUCUUCAAGGUGGUACCCAUGCUGAAUCCAGAUGGUGUGAUUGUGGGAAAUUACCGAUGUUCCUUAGCUGGACGGGAUUUAAACCGUAAUUAUACAUCUCUCCUGAAGGAAUCUUUCCCUUCUGUUUGGUAUACAAGGAACAUGAUCCAUAGGUUAAUGGAGAAACGAGAGGUCAUUUUGUACUGUGACCUUCAUGGCCAUAGUAGGAAGCAGAACAUUUUCAUGUAUGGCUGUGAUGGCAGCCACAGGCAGAAGGCAAAAGGGUUAUACUUACAGCAGCGGAUCUUCCCACUCAUGCUGAGCAAAAAUUGCCCAAAUAAAUUUUCCUUCUCAGCUUGCAAAUUUAACGUUCAGAAGAGCAAGGAAGGGACAGGAAGGGUUGUGAUGUGGAAGAUGGGCAUCAGGAACAGCUUCACACUGGAGGCCACCUUCUGCGGAUCUACUCUUGGCAAUAAACGAGGCACUCAUUUCAGCACAAAAGACUUAGAGUCAAUGGGAUAUCAUUUUUGUGAUUCUCUACUGGACUACUGUGAUCCUGACCGGAGCAAGUAUUUUCAGUGCCUGAAAGAAUUAGAAGAAAUGGAAAAACGUAUGAACUUGGAAAGAGUCUUUGAUGACUCAGAUACUUCUCUAGUAGAAAUUUCAUUGGAUGUAGAAUCUAGUAGUCGAGGCUCUGACAGUUCAGAGUCCAAUGACACUCAGACUUAUCUUCUCAAGUUAACCUCUCAGGUAAAAAACAAGAAAAAGUAUCUGAAAACAAAGAGGGAAAGAAAUGCCACCCUAGCAAAGCGCCAGAAUAACACAAGAGAGGUUUAUGAUAAAGAACAUUUACUCCAAAGACACGAAGAGUCAAAUUCUGAUGUGAAAGAUCCAAGGCCCACUGUACCAGAUGUCUAUGUGGCUCAUUGUUUCAGAAGGCCAUUGCCUAAUCAAGGCUUGGUGAAAAUUCCUGGACAAAGCUUUUAUCCCAAAAAAACACAUUCAAGCUCCCGACAUAUGAUUCAGAGUCUUAACAAAGACCAACAGACAUAUAUUUUAGAAACUUGUAAGAAUCCAAUCCAGGAAGAAGUUCAGUCCAAAGGAAUCAAAAUGUAUGAAAGUUGUUUCAAAGUGGCAUCCUUGAAGUGUCCUAUGAAUAAACAAACUUCAAAUUGGAUUGAGAAGACAAGGAUACCAACAGAGCCACACCAUGAAUUGAAGAGGAAAGCAAAAAGAUGCACAUCCUUUCGAAGCAAGAGGACCGGCACAAAUUGGACAGAUGAUGAAAAAAGAAUCUACAGGGAUAAAAGAAUAGCUCAAACUCAGGAAAUACUACAGUAUUUACUCCCUAUUGUGGAAUCUUCUAAAAACAUGAAAGCUACUCAAAUCAAAGACCUAUUCAGUCAAGGAGCCGACUUCCAGCAACGUCAAUUUAUUCCAACUACUUGCAUAAAUAUAAGAAGAUACAGCAUACCUUGGACACCAACCAGAAAUCUCCCUUCAAAAACCCAAAGGAAUCUCAUGACAAACACCUCAGAAUGGCUCCGGUCUGUGCCCCAGAGCUCAUUUGAAAGUUUAUCACCCCUCUGCAAUCUUCAGAAGAGGAAAAAGCAUCCUGAACUCUGGGCCAGAGGCACUGAGGGUGUGACACUCCCCAGCAGCAGACGGGAGACUGUUCCCUCACGUUCUAAAAUGGAUGCUGAUGCCGAUACUGUCAAAGGCAACAGUCUUCAGCCUGAAGAAUCCAUCCUGAAGAGCUCUGAGCAGAUAGUUCCUCAUCUAACUAAAAGCAACAAGAAACCAAAGGAGGGGGGCCCGUUCACCUUCCACCUGAAGUUCCAGGACAACAGUUAACCAAGCUGAAAGCGACUCUGAGAUGUGCUGACACAGCUAA